CCUCCAUGAGUAAAUGCCGAAGCAGUGGUGGAUGCUCAUCCAUAUUUGGCUUUACUGGCAGGAGGGGGUGCCUCCCACAGUAUUAUCAGCGGUCGCCGGUGAACCGUGUUGAUGAUACAUGGUUGUAGUUGAUGAUAUGCUACAUGAUUAUGAUGAUGGUAAUGGUUGGUCUUGGAUGAUAGCAAGACGGUGGAGUCUGCGUUGGGAUGGGGUCUUUCACCGUUCUUGUUACUCCCCAUGGCUGCAAUUUGUCUAACAUGGACCACCCACCUCCCCAACUAUCUCCCACACGCUCAUGCUCUCGCCGGUCGCCACUCACCCACUGACUCUCUCUCUUUCUCUCUCUUCUCCUUUUCCUCUUUUGCUUAAUGGUGGGUCAUCUGUGUUAGGCGUUUUUCCUCUCCGAGUGCAGCUCUCAGUCCACCGUACCGCCACUCAUCUUCCCCCGUCUUUUCCUUUAAGUUCUAUAGAAAGGUACCCGUUGUUCUGUAUCUGAUCUGGGGGGUUGGGUUUAGGUUUUUCUUUUCCGACUUUGUGGUGGCGGUGGCGGAAGUUAGGCUGCAUUCGAUUUACAGGCCGAAAGUUGAGGUGUACCAGUUUCUGCCCAUAACCUGGUUCUUUUCCUUCUCUAAUUGUCUGUGAAAAAGUUCAGUCUUGUUGGUUGUAUUUGGUUGAGGACUUGGGCUCUCUCUUUCUAGUUUUUGGGUGAAAUGGAUCCACUUUUUUCUGCUUGAGGUGAGCUGGUGUGGAUCGUUAUGGAACGUGGGCUUCAGCCUCCUUUGGUUGACACAGCAGCAUGCUUUUGUAGAGUAGACACUGGCUUGAAAACUGUUGCCGGGGCUAAGAAAUUUGUCCCUGGAACGAAGCUUUGCAUUCAGCCUGACAUUAAGCCAUCCAUCCAUUCGUCAAGAAACAAGGGUGUUAGAGGAGAUAGGAGUAGGAACCAAUCCCCACUGCUGCCAGGCCUUCCAGAUGACCUUGCAAUAGCAUGCUUGAUUCGUGUUCCACGUGUAGAACAUAGGAAACUUAGGUUGGUAUGCAAAAGAUGGUAUCGCCUUCUUGUAGGAAACUUCUUUUAUUCUUUGCGGAAGAGCCUUGGUAUGGCUGAAGAAUGGAUCUAUGUAAUUAAAAGAGAUAAAGAUGGAAAAAUUUCUUGGCAUGCCUUUGAUCCAAUACACCAGCUCUGGCAGCCACUUCCACCUGUUCCAGGCGAAUAUUCUGAAGCACUUGGAUUUGGUUGUGCUGUUUUAAGUGGCUGCCACCUUUACUUGUUUGGUGGGAAAGAUCCGUUGAAAGGUUCCAUGAGGCGAGUCAUUUUCUAUAAUGCAAGGACCAAUAAGUGGCACAGAGCUCCAGAUAUGCUGAGGCGACGUCAUUUCUUUGGGUUUUGUGUUAUCAACAACUGUUUAUAUGUUGCAGGUGGGGAAAGUGAAGGAGUCCACAGGUCAUUAAGAUCAGCGGAAAUGUAUGAUCCCAAUAAAAAUAGAUGGUCUUUUAUUGCAGAUAUGAGCACCGCUAUGGUUCCAUUUAUUGGGGUGGUUUACGAGGGUAGAUGGUUUUUGAAAGGGCUUGGCUCUCAUCGGCAGGUCAUGAGUGAAGUUUAUCUUCCGGAAAGCAACAGUUGGUUCCCAGUUUAUGAUGGCAUGGUUGCUGGAUGGCGCAACCCAUGUGUAUCCUUGAACGGCCAGCUUUAUGCAUUGGACUGCAGGGAUGGUUGCAAGCUGCGAGUAUAUGAUGCAGCAACCGAUUCUUGGAGCAAACACCUAGACAGCAAAUUGCACCUGGGAAAUUCUCAAGCAUUGGAGGCAGCUGCCCUUGUUCCCCUCAAUGGGAAGCUUUGUAUCAUCCGCAACAACAUGAGCAUCAGUCUGGUUGAUGUGUCAAAGUCCAAUGAGGUGAGCAUGGAUCAGCUUUGGGAGACAAUUGCUGGCAAAGGACACUUCAAGACAUUUGUCACAAACCUGUGGUCGAGUAUUGCUGGAAGGAGCCGCCUGAAAAGUCACAUUGUCCACUGUCAGGUGCUUCAAGCUUAAGGACAGACAUUUUUAGCUGGUGCAUGCGUGUCAAUACGGCCAUCGGAGUGCAUGACAGAUCCGUGUUUUCCUUGAAUGUUAAACCAGCUGCCCCCAGGAUCUCACUGCCUCGUAACUUUGCUACCCAAAAUGAACGGCGAGGUGCUGUUUUAGUUGGUUGUCGGCUGCAUCUGUUUUGGUACAAAAGGAUCCUGUCGCCAUCUUUCGGUCUCUUGCUGAAAGAACGCUUGAGGAUGCCAUCCUUUCCAUGCUCUUAGUAUCUCAAUGACCGACCGUAAGUUUUGUUUGUUUGGAAGCUGGAAGCAUUAGUUGUGUCCACUGAUUGUGAUAGAUGCACCUGAGAUGAAGCACUUAGAGAAUGUUGAUUUUGGGGGCAAUCUGACUUACAGAUUGGAAGAAGGGCUUAUAGAAGUUUCUAUUGGAUAAUCAUGCAGAUUUUUUUGCUUGAUGUUCAAGUACUGCAAGAGAAAUAUAUGCCACUUAAACGUUUCACGAAAAGUUAGUGAGGAUGCUCAUCCUUCCAGAUGUUACCAUCAGAUGUUCCCGAAAUAACAUCUCUUUGUGCUUCAUUGCUCCAGUCAGUUAUUUGUUUAACCCAUUGUUAUAUCAGUUUAUUGGGCUUAAUCAGCAGUUUUUGUAUUAUAUAAGAACAGUUAAUGAUUUGUUUA